GUUUCAUCUUGAAUUCCUAAAUACUAUACAAAUAUUUCUCUAAUAGAAGUUUGUUUAAGUAUAUUUUACUUAUAGAUUGGUCAGUACGUUUAUUCGGCGACCAUAACACUGGUCCGACAAUCUAGGUGUUUUCUCAAUAGAGUGUUUUUUUCUUAAAACUGUUAUUUAUUGUGAAGUUACGGACCUACAGAACUAGCAAUGGAGAGUGCAUCGAGACCUAACGAGGCUCUUCCUGAUAGCCGUUACUUUUGCCAUAGUUGCGAUGCAGAAAUAGGAAACGUAACUGAUGAAUACACUUGUCCGACAUGUAAUUUAGGAUUUAUUGAAAAAGUUGAAGAACAACAAACACCUGAAGAACCAGAUGACGAAGAUAUGGAAUUUCCAAAUGCACACCACUAUAUGGUCAAUGGAAUAUUAGGUGAUAAUGAAGUAAGUGGAAGACGGAGAUCAAAUAUUCGUCGACGGAGAUUUACAACAAGAGGUCCUCAUGUGAUGACAUUACAACCUGGAAGAGGUCCAAGACGUAGUUCAGGUGGAACAAUUGAAAAUUUAGUAGAAGAUGUCAUAGUAAAUUUUGCUGGUUAUUCACAAACUGGUGGAAAUCCAGUCAGUAGAUUUUUACUUGGUAAUCCUGGUGAUUAUGUUUGGGGAAGAGAUGGAUUGGAUUCUAUUGUAUCACAAUUAUUAAAUCAAAUAGAUGGAGCUGGACCUCCUCCAUUAACUAAGGAAAAAAUACAAGAAAUACCUACAGCACUUAUUUCACAAGAUCAUUUAGAUGUGAAACUCCAAUGUUCUGUUUGUUGGGAAGAUUUUACUAUUGAUGAAAAAGUUAUGAAGUUAGCUUGUGAUCAUAUGUAUCAUAAAGAUUGUAUCAUACCUUGGUUGGAAUUGCAUGGUACAUGCCCAAUUUGUCGAAAAUAUUUAGCAGAUGAUGGAUUAAGUUCAAUUAAUUCAGAUCCUUUAGGAAUCAGUUUAGGCGUUGGACCAAAUUUAGCAGCACUUAUUAGAGCCCGAGGCUCGGGACAACGUAAUAGUGAUCCAGUAUGGGGAAUGAAUGAUUAUGAUAUGGCUUCUACAUCAUCUGACUGGCCUACACAACUUGGUAUUAGCUUACCACUUCCAAUUGUGUCUUCAUCAGCAACCCAGACUCCAGCAACUUCUGGUAUGUCUACUUAUUCAUCUGUCACAGCUAGGAACUUGCGUGACCAACGGUUAUCAUCCGCAUCUGCUGAAGUUGAACCAAUGGAAACUGAUCAUGAUCAAAAUCUACCUGCAAUGAAUAAUACGAAUAAUUCCUAGUCUUUUUUUAUUAUAUUCAAUUGUGAAUUUAGUACAAUAUGAGGUCACUGUUUAAUAAAUAAAGAUGAAAUACAUUUAAUUAUAACUUUUAACAA